UAUUUUGGAGCGAGUGUUGGAGAUAUUUUCUGCCAUUGAAAUUCUAGCUGAUAGGCCAAGAAGCCAGAACCAACAUCUUCCCAUUGCUCAUCUCCUUACUUCCAAUAAUCAUGGAAUCUUCUGCUGUUCUCUCAAUAUCUCAACUCCCUUUUUACCCUCCAAAUUCCCACAGAAACAAAGCUUAUCCUUCAUGGCCACGCAAGAAGUCAAGAACUGCUCAGUCAACUCGAUUGCACUGCCAGAAGAUGUAUGUCCCUGGAUAUGGUCAUGCAUCACCAGAAGCCCAGGCGGCAAACAAUCUGCAUAAUUUCUUCACUUAUAUUGCUGUUGUGAUUGUUUCAGCGCAGCUUCAGAGCUAUAACCGUGAGGCAUACCAAGAGUUGAUGGAAUUUUUGAAGAGUCAUUCCUUGAAGGAUGGAGACAAGUUUUGCGCCAGUAUGAUGCGUGAAUCUUCCAGGCAUCAGAGUUUAGCUCUACGCAUCUUAGAGGUUCGAUCUGCAUAUUGUAAAACUGAUUUUGAAUGGGACAACUUGGAGCGAUUAGCUAAUAAGAUGGUCGGUGAUUCUAACACGAGGCUCAUGAGAGAUUAUGUCUUGGAAACCAGUCGUGUAGAUGUAGAAAGUGAGAAGUGAUCGAACACUGCAUACCAGCACAUCUGUCUCUUAAAAGAAAGAUUUUAUAUCCAUCCAGUAUUGAAAUGAAUGCAAUAGAUAGAACUUGAAUUGUUAAGGUAUAUACAUCUUUUUUGUGUGUGUAAAUAUAUAGAAACAAGAACCAGUUGAUGAGGAUCUGUAGCAGUUGCCAAAUUGGAGACAGUAGCAAGAAUAUUUUAGUCGUAAUGGUUGCUCAA